AUGGUCAAGUAUCUACCAGAGCGGUGCAUGAGGCAGUUUGGACGUGUGCAGAUGAUAGCAAGGUCCCCGUUUGAGGCUGCUCCCGACACCGUUACCCGAGUGAGCCUCACUCCUAUAUUUAAGGAUUGGGCUCAUCAUUUAGUGCCUGAGGAGUAUCGGCGUACGGUGGCCACCCAGGCUUGGCACUGUGUGGAUGGGUACGUUACAUGGUUUUAUCGUGUGUCACAUCCUUUGAUGACACCCGACGCUCCCGGAGAUCCACCUAUGCCAGCACAUGAGGAGAUAUUGGAGAAACAGCAUGCUGAGGAUGACCAUGCCACUGAACUCCUGCCGGUAUGCCAGCGGAUACAGAUGCUUGGGCAGGAUGCAUUGGACAGAAGUAUCAUUGAGCAGGGCGGUCCAGAGGCAGUUUCCAUUGUGGAGAGAAUGGUCAGUGACACGGCCGGUGCGACGGUGUAUAGGAGGCAGAGGAGGUCCCAUGGAGUUAGAGUUAGGCAUACUCAGCAGCAGUUGCCUAUUUAUGUUUUAUUCUUGACUUUUUUAUAUUCGGGUUGUAUUAUUUUGACUCUAAGCACUUACCCGUACAACUAUCUUCGUAUUUAUAAUAUUGGUCUUUUAUUCUAA